UGCAUCAGUCUUGUCGUGGCGGCAAGGGUGCGUGCGCGAUCGCUGGUGACGUGAAGACCUGGUGUGUUCGCCCAUCUUUGUAAAACUUCCUUUUUGCCAAGGGGACAAUGUCGGCGGACAACGAGCUCAGUGCCGUCCUCAACCGACGGUGUCAGAUCAAUGAUGACCUGCACGCCGGCAAGGAGGUCAAGAAGGUUCUGCGGGUGUUCAACCCCUACACCGAGUUUCCCGAGUUCUCCCGCAAACAGAUCAAGGAGUACGAGAGAAUAUUCAAAAAAUACGACGAGGGAAACGAUGGCUUCCUGGACUUGGAGGAGCUGAAGAAGAUGAUGGAGAAGUUGGGAGCGCCGCAGACGCACAUCGGCCUGAAGCAGAUGAUCCGCGAGGCCAAUGAGGACGAGAACGUCACUAAGAUCGGCUUCAGAGCGUUUCUGACCGUGUUCCGCCGGGCGGCGGCCGGCGAACUGACGGCUGACUCGGGCCUCAGUCAGCUGGCUAAGCUCACCGAGAUCGACGUCGAUGAAGUGGGCGUGGCUGGCGCCAAGCAGUUCUUCCAGGCCAAGAUCUCGGAGCUGGAGCGCGACAAGAACUUCCUGGAGGAGAUCCGCCGCGAGGAGGAGGAGCGCCAGCGACAGGAGCAGGAGCGGCGCGAGCGCAAGGCCGAGUUCAAACAGAGGGCGGCACUGUUCAACCACGCCUAGCUCAGGUGGCGCUACCGUCGGGAUGCGUGACGGGAAGUGCACUCGUGGAGAGCGUGUGAUAAGCAAUGCGGUGUUUAUCUUACUGUGUUUUUGGGAGGGGAAGGUGCAAAUUUAAAUGAAAACGGACAUGUAGCUCUGAUGGUGGUUUUGGUGUGUGUGCUUGCGUGAGUUGCUGCUUUUUUCCUCAAGUUUUAUCUUGCGAGUUUUUCUUAUUUUCGCUUUCAGUGUUUUAAUGUCAAAGCUAUUUCAAAUUAUCGUGUUUAUUUUUUAAGCAACCGUAGAUGUUAAUGCGUAGCAUUCAUCCAUAGGGUCAUACGAAUGCGUGCUGAUGGCGAAUGAAUUGCAUAACCCAGUGUAGGCGGAAACAGUCCAA